AUGGCCGAUCCCCCACCGGCGGAUGAUUUGCGGCGAAAAUUGGUGUCCCCGGAUGCGGGUCGCGUGGAAAAGCGGUCGCGGAUUGGCACGUGGUAUCAAGUCGAGCUGCUGGCUCGAAUGGAUUUGAGAUGGAUACGCACCAAGGGCGGCGCAGACUUCCCCAGGAACACCAAGGCCUGGGUGGGAAAGGGGGGCCACAUCGAGCUGGUGAGAGGCCGGACGGACGUGAUCUACACGGAAGGAGACUGUACGUGGAUUGUGCAGUUGGAUGGGGAAAAGAAGGUGUUCAGGGCAGGCUCGGCUGAGUGCGCGUCUCAGUGGGUGGCCGCUCUUCGGUGGCGUGUGCGUCCAUGGAUUGAACUGUUGCGAGGCCGUGGCCCCGAACGCCAGGAUCGGCUCGGUGCCUUGCAGGAACGCGACCAGGCAAGCUGGCCUCUGCGCAUGGCCCAUCUGGAAGUGGCCCAGUCUGCAGUACGAGUGAUGGACACUGCAGCAAAGGUCACCGGGGAUGUAUUGGGUAAAUUGCCUGUCGUGGGACCCGCAUUUUCGGUGCUGGGCUUCGCCCUGGAGGUGGCUGGCAGAGUCAAGGCUGACGUCGACGGCCUGCGCCCGGCACAAUCUGGGCUUGCACGAGUUGCACGACGAACCAUGGAAACGUUGCAGGGAGGCUUGGAGCAGCAGCUGGAGUGUCGCCUUGAGGAGCUCUCUGAGCUGAUGGGAGUGAUCGAAGAAGGCGCCCGACAGCUUGAGAGUUUCGAGUUUCAGUCAAAUAUGCGGAUGAUGGUGCAUGGAAUAUUCAAGGGCAAGCCAGGACCAGCAACAGUUACAGAAUUGGUCUCCCAUUGUGAGUCCCGGCUGGAAUCCUACGAGGUCCAUGACACGAAUGAGGUGGCACACAAUACGGACAAGAAGAUGGAUGACAUUCCGAAGCAAGUGGCAGCAGCAGUUGAGUCAGCAAUGCGAAAGGAGGACAGUACAAGUGGUGCAUCGUCUUACAUUCCUGUGGACCCCAAGGCGAUCGGGCGUGACGAACAAGCGUCUGUGAUCAAGAAGCUGAUUCUCAGCGACAAUACCAAGUACGUUGCUCUGGUUGGCAUGGGUGGAGUGGGCAAGACCACCCUAGCAGUGUGUGUGAUGAAUGAUCCAGAUAUACAGAACAGAUUCCAGAAAAAUAAACAAACCAAGUGCCUUGGCGUGGCGUUUGUGGUAGUUUCACAGAACCCAGACCUCCUGGACUGUCAAAAGCGAAUUUGGGAAGCCCUUGUGGGAGGUAAAGCGGAUUUUGUCACUGUGGAGGAUGGAAAGCGGCGGUUGGAAGCUGCAUUGCAAGACAAAUCUUUUUGUCUUAUUUUGGAUGACACCUGGGAGGAAUCUGACGUGGUCCAUCUCGAUGUUGCAUCUCCAAAUAGCCGGGUGCUCAUAACAUCACGAAAUGACAAGGUCGCGCAUGUUGUGGGUGCCAAGUGCCAUGAUGUGACACCUUUGGAUGAGGCAAAAUCGCAUCAACUGUUCUGCAAGCACGCCUUUGAUGGCGGCAUGCCGAAAAAAUGGCAAGAGAAGCAUGUACGGGAUAUCAUCGAAAAGUGCGCAGGGCUUCCCCUCACAUUGGAGAUUAUGGGGAAGUUGGCCAGAAGUUUUGAAGAGCGAGCACAGUGGCAAAAUGCUGUGCAAAUAUUGACAGCAAGCUCAAUGGUCAAGAAGAGCGUGUUUGACCAUGUGUUUGAGCUGAGUUUCAACAGUGUGGAUGCUGUCCAUCGGGAAGUGCUGUUGGAUUUGGCGAUGUUGCCUGAAGAUCACCGUGCCCGAGCUACGGACGUGGCAGAAUUGGAAACAUGCAUCGGAUCGUGUACUGAUCAACAAGCAGCAUGUCAGGUGCUGAGGGACUUGGAGGACAGGGCAUUGAUCAAAAAGGAAGGUAAAGAUACUUAUGGCAUGCCAGAGCUGCAGCCCUCUCGCAAUUGGUGUGGUAAGCUGUUUGGUUUGCGGUACUACUUGCACGAUGUGGUCCGCGAAGGUGCUCUCAGGCACAUUGCCAGCACUCCAGUGUUGCAACGAGAGAGGUUGGUGUCAUCGCAGUUGAGAGACACCAUUGGCAGGGGCACGGCAUUCAUGGCCAACAGAUUUUCUGCCAGUCAAAAGAUCAGGACGGACCAACAGAGGGUUUUGUGCGAACUGGAUAUGCCAAAAUUGCAGGCUCUUGUGCUGCGAGAUGCAGGAGUGCCAGGGCUGCCUCCUUCCAUCUUAACUGCCCAUUUGUUGGCAAUUGACUUGACGUCCGCAGGCAUCAUUGAGAUGCCAUCACAUGUGUCAUGUCUUCAAUCGCUGCAGCUGCUCAGAGUGGAUGAUUGCAGUGGGCUGACGUAUCUUCCAAGUGAAAUGGGUGCAAUGAUGGAGCUCAGGGUGCUGUCCAUGAGGCGUUGCAUGGGCAUCUAUGAACUUCCCAAGUCUAUGGGAAGCCUGACCAAGCUGUCCAAGCUUCUGAUGCCAGAAUGUGGAAUCGCCCACUUCUACCUACCUGAUACGAAAAAUUGGCAGAAGUUGACCAUGUUGGACUUGAGCGGUUGUGUGGGUCUGAAGCAGUUGCCCCAAAACUUUGGAGAUUUGACAUGUUUGGCUCACCUGAACUUGGGUGGUUGCUGGCAGCUGACAUGCCUGCCGAGCAGUAUUGGUCAAUUGUUGCACCUACGAGUGCUGAUUCUGCACAACUGCCGCAGUUUGACGGCAUUGCCAGACAGCACAACAAACCUUGCUGAGUUGGAGGAGCUGGAUUUGCAGCAGUGCAAGCAGCUGGCAGACCUUCCUAGUGCCCUUGGCUCCUGUUGCCUAAAGUUGAGGAUAUUGAGACUUCAGGGGAUUGAUGGUAUGGCAUUCCCACAAUUUGCAAGCAGCCUGGAGUGCCUUGAGGUUCUGGGUCUUCCAGAAGUAUGUGAAGUGCCCGAGGGCUGCAAACAGCAUUUUGAAGAGUUUGAAGUAUCACUGGAGCAAGAUGGAUCUGGCGUGUUGUGCGGGGACGGUGUCAUAUCUAGCACUCCUCUCCACUGGGCAGCUGAACUUGGCAUGGACAAGAUGGCUGCCUUUCACUUGAAAGAAGUGGAUGUGGAGUUUCGGGACCGG